AGCCCUCGCGCCGUCCGCGCGCAGCCGCAGAGCAGAGGCUGCCGGGAACGCGGGCCCAGAGGCGGGGCGAGCGCGCGCGGGGCGGAAGUCGGCCGCCUUCCUCCGUCCCGGCCCUUAGCCCAGCCAAGCCCAGCCAAGCCCCGCCGAUCGCGGGCACCGGAGCCAGCCCCGCAGCGGGAAGCUGGAGAAACAAACCCUCUUGGCUGUCUGCUGUCCAAGGAGUCGCCACUCCCUUCAUUACAGCCUUGCGCAGAGUGUAGCGGCAGGCCUGGGGAUGGCCUCGGGAGAAAAGCACAUCUCCCAGGAUCCUGAGAGCUUGAACCAGACCACUGUGGACACGGUGGCCACCGGUCACCACUACCCUUCCCAAGGGGAGACGAGGAGCAAGUAGGCUUGAGGGAAAAGCUGCACAGGACUCGUGUCUUGAAAUGUCUAAGACGCAUGUCAGAAAUGCAGGAGCCUAACCCAGAGGAAGUGGAGACUCCUUUACUGCACAUCUGUCUGCUCCAGGCCAGGCACUGUUCUAGGAGCCAGGAUACAGAGGUGGAGACAGAAACAAACAAACCGAUAACUGUAUACAAUACUCUAACGUCAGAGGGACCACAGAGCACCAGCCUGCAUGGAACUUCCUUCCUCACUCAGCUUCCCACGUUGCCAGCUGGGACAGGAGAGAUGGAGUAAUUUUGCUGUGGAAAGACUUCACGUCUUGCCGAAUGAAAGUCCCGCCUGUCUGUCACGCUGAUGCCCGUGCAGCUGUCUGAGCACCCGGAAUGGAAUGAGUCUAUGCACUCCCUCCGGAUCAGUGUGGGGGGCCUUCCUGUGCUGGCGUCCAUGACCAAGGCCGCGGACCCCCGCUUCCGCCCCCGCUGGAAGGUGAUCCUGACGUUCUUUGUGGGUGCCGCCAUCCUCUGGCUGCUCUGCUCCCACCGCCCGGCCCCCGGCAGGCCCCCCACCCACAAUGCACACAACUGGAGGCUCAGCCAGGCGCCCGCCAACUGGUACAAUGACACCUACCCCCUGUCUCCCCCACAAAGGACACCGGCUGGGAUUCGGUACCGAAUCGCAGUUAUCGCAGACCUGGACACAGAGUCAAGGGCCCAAGAGGAAAACACCUGGUUCAGUUACCUGAAAAAGGGCUACCUGACCCUGUCAGACAGUGGGGACAAGGUGGCCGUGGAAUGGGACAAAGACCAUGGGGUCCUGGAGUCCCACCUGGCGGAGAAGGGGAGAGGCAUGGAGCUGUCUGACCUGAUUGUUUUCAAUGGGAAACUCUACUCCGUGGAUGACCGGACGGGGGUCGUCUACCAGAUCGAAGGCAGCAAAGCCGUGCCCUGGGUGAUUCUGUCCGACGGCGACGGCACCGUGGAGAAAGGCUUCAAGGCCGAAUGGCUGGCAGUGAAGGACGAGCGUCUGUAUGUGGGCGGCCUGGGCAAGGAGUGGACGACCACUACGGGUGACGUGGUGAACGAGAACCCGGAGUGGGUGAAGGUGGUGGGCUACAAGGGCAGCGUGGACCACGAGAACUGGGUGUCCAACUACAACGCCCUGCGGGCUGCUGCCGGCAUCCGGCCGCCAGGCUACCUCAUCCAUGAGUCUGCCUGCUGGAGUGACACGCUGCAGCGCUGGUUCUUCCUGCCGCGCCGCGCCAGCCAGGAGCGCUACAGCGAGAAGGUCGACGAGCGCAAGGGCGCCAACCUGCUGCUGAGCGCCUCCCCUGACUUCGGCGACAUCGCUGUGAGCCACGUCGGGGCGGUGGUCCCCACUCACGGCUUCUCGUCCUUCAAGUUCAUCCCCAACACCGACGACCAGAUCAUUGUGGCCCUCAAGUCCGAGGAGGACAGCGGCAGAGUCGCCUCCUACAUCAUGGCCUUCACGCUGGACGGGCGCUUCCUGUUGCCGGAGACCAAGAUCGGAAGCGUGAAAUACGAAGGCAUCGAGUUCAUUUAACUCAAAACGGAAACACUGAGCAAGGCCAUCAGGACUCAGCUUUUAUAAAAACAAGAGGAGUGCACUUUUGUUUUGUUUUGUUCUUUUUGGAACUGUGCCUGGGUUGGAGGUCUGGACAGGGAGCCCAGUCCCGGGCCCCAUAGGGGUGCGGGCACUGGACCCCCGGGCCCCACGGAGGCCGCGGUCUGAACUGCUUUCCAUGCUGCCAUCUGGUGGUGAGAUCGGUCACUUCAGGCAUUGACUCAAGGCCUGCCGAACUGGCUGGGUCGUUUCUUCCAUCCGACCUCGUUUCUUUUCUUUCCUAUGUUCUUCUGUUCAGUGAAUAUCCCUAGAGCUCCUACCAUAUGUCAGGCCCUAUGCCUCACCCUGAGAACGCAGUGAGCAUGAGGUGGACCUGUUUGCUGGGAAUCCCAGGUCACCCCCUUUUCUUCCUACUCUGUGCCUGGAGCAUCAUGUCCACCCCUGCAGAUCCUUGGAAAAGAAAAUGUUUAUGUUGCAGGGUAUUGCAUGGUCACGAGUGAGGGCAGGCCCCUGGGGACACAUCUGCCCACAGCUGCACAGGCCAGGGCGCAGGCACAUCUGUUGGUUCUGAGGCCUCAGAUAAAACCAUCUCCGCAUCGUAUGGCCAGUGACCGCUUUCUCCCUUCAGGAAAAUUCUGUGGCCGUGCAGCACUUUGAAGUUUUAAUUAUUAACCUGCUUUAAUUAAAGCAGUUUCCUUUCUUAUAAAGUGGAAUCACCAAAUCUUAUCACACAGAGCAAAGUCCUGUAGUUACCCAGCCCGCUCCAGCAGUGGGGGAGAUUGUAAGGAAGCAGUGGCAGUUGGUGAAGCAAGUGUCACAUUUCGGCGUUCUUGGCCAAUGGAUACAAAGAUAAAAUGUUGCCUUUUUCUAGGAACUGUCAGAAAUCCUCAUGCCUUUCAAGACUUCUAUGAAUGACUUGAAUUUUUUAUUCCCUGCCUAGGGUCUGUGAACCUAGGUCUGAGGCCUGUCUCUUCCCUGGGGUUUCUUUCCAUGGCCUUUAUUUCUCCUCUUCCAGUGGGAGUUUUGCAGGCUCUUCUCCGUGGAAACUUCACGAGCGUUGGCUGGGCCUCGGCUUCGCUGGAGUGUACUCCAGGGUGAAGGCAGAGUGGGAUUUGAGACCCAGGUUAGGCACGACCCAGGCUGAGAAGGGACGUUUCCAUCAUUCACAGUGCCCUCCCCACAGCACUACCUCACCCCGACCCCCACCCUCACUCCUACCCCACCCCGCGAUCGUCAGGGGUGCCACGGUGGGCUGGAGGGUGCCGGCUCUGGCUGUCCCUGUGCCGGUCCCUCACAAACGUCUCCCCCUUUGAAACUCAAGCACAGCUGCGAGGAGGGCAGCCAGGAGUGACCCCUCUCUCAUGGUUGUCUCUUUCCCCCGCUAUGUCAUAGGUAGUGGAGGAAGCGAAGGAAGUGAACGCUGAAUGUGACGCAUUUCUGAAGAGCUCAGCUGUCACCGGGCAUAGCCUGGAAGCCCCAAGUCUGUUCUGACUUUGCCUGGCUGUCUCCUUGACCCGCCUCCUAGAUCAUUGUCCUUGAUGUCCAGGCUGGGUCAUUUAAAAUAGAGAUGCAAUCAGGAAGGUUGGGGGACUUGGGACUGUGGCUGAAUUGAGACCUUGCUGAUGUAUUCAUGUCAGCACCUGAGUCACAGCCCAGGUGCCCGGAAGCAGCCUCUUCACAUAGGCAGUGAUUUGCGAUUACUUUAAAGCUCACCUUUUUUCUUCCCCUCUCUGUUCGCUGCUGUCAGCAUAAUGAUUGUGUUCCUUCCCUAUGGGAUCCAUCUGUUUUGUAAACAAUAAAGCGUCUGAGGAAGUGUA